CAAGCUAACGGGACCCGGUUCUGUGUAAACGCUACGCUUACCAGGACUACGAAUCCCGUCGACUCAGGAGGGAGCGAGGGGGUGGGGGGGACAGAGAUUCAGGAAGCGGCACUUCCGGCCCGGCUGUUGAGAGGGGAGCGGACGAGACGGCCGGCUGUGCGCUUUGCGGCAGCGGCGGGGAAGCGGCGGAGAGGCGCCAUGCGGUGGGCGGCCGCGCGCAGGCUGGCCCCGCCGCCCCGGCUGCCCACAGAAGCAGCUUUUAUGACGUUCCAUUGUGGGACUAGAUUAUGAGUGCCAACAAGAAUACCCGCUACAAUCGUUUCUCCAACAGUAACACUCCAACAGUAACACUUCCAGAAAACACAAACGGGACAAGAAUGGAAACUACUUUUGGACCUACGUAUUCCGCUGUGACCACCAUCAACAAAGAUGGAAGCAGUUCAUACAAACAACAUCGCCCGACACCCUCCUCCUCAAGUACGCUUCCCUUUGCCUCCCGAGACGAGGAUGACAGCAUGCCGCCAAUCACCCGUCGAUCUGAUUCUGCCAUCUCCAUUCGGUCGUUGCAUUCGGAGUCCAACAUGUCCCUGCGCUCAACGUUCUCUCUCCAUGAGGAAGAGGAGGAGCCAGAGCCUCUGGUGUUUGCUGAGCAGCCUUCUGUGAAGCUCUGUUGCCAGUUGUGUUGCAGCGUGUUUAAAGAUCCCGUGAUCACGACCUGUGGGCACACGUUUUGCAGGAGAUGUGCCUUAACCUCUGACAAGUGCCCAGUGGACAAUGCCAAACUGACAGUGGUGGUGAACAACAUUGCAGUGGCCGAACAAAUCGGGGAGCUCUUCAUUCACUGCAAGUACGGCUGCCGGUCCAGCGUGAGUGGCAAGCCUUCGGUCUUCGAGGUGGACCCCCACGGGUGCCCCUUCACCAUUAAACUGAGUGCCAGGAAGGACCAUGAAGGCAGCUGUGACUACCGGCCAGUGCGCUGCCCCAACAAUCCAAGUUGCCCUCCAUUGCUCAAGAUGAACCUGGAGGCACAUCUGAAGGAGUGUGAGCACAUCAAGUGCCCUCACUCCAAAUACGGGUGUACUUUCAUAGGAAAUCAGGAUACAUACGAGACUCAUCUGGAAAUGUGCAAAUUUGAGGGUCUGAAGGAGUUCCUCCAGCAAACGGAUGACCGCUUCCAUGAGAUGCAAGUGGCCAUGGCUCAGAAGGACCAGGAGAUCGCCUUCCUACGCUCCAUGCUUGGCAAGCUUUCCGAGAAGAUAGACCAGCUGGAGAAGAGUUUGGAACUGAAGUUUGAUGUGCUGGAUGAGAACCAGAGCAAGCUGAGCGAAGAUCUGAUGGAGUUCCGGCGAGAUGCCUCCAUGCUCAACGAUGAACUGUCUCAUAUCAAUGCCCGGCUGAAUAUGGGGAUUCUGGGCUCCUAUGACCCGCAGCAGAUUUUCAAGUGCAAAGGGACCUUCGUUGGCCACCAGGGCCCCGUCUGGUGCCUCUGUGUCUAUUCCAUUGGUGACUUGCUCUUCAGUGGCUCUUCUGACAAAACCAUCAAGGUGUGGGAUACGUGUACCACUUACAAGUGCCAAAAGACCCUGGAAGGUCACGAUGGGAUUGUCCUGGCACUCUGCAUCCAGGGGAACAAACUGUAUAGCGGCUCAGCUGAUUGCACCAUUAUUGUUUGGGAUAUUCAGACCUUGCAGAAGGUCAACACCAUCCGUGCACACGACAAUCCUGUGUGCACUCUUGUCUCCUCGCACAACAUGCUUUUCAGCGGCUCCCUGAAAGCUAUUAAGGUCUGGGACAUUGUUGGCACUGAGCUGAAACUGAAGAAGGAGCUGACAGGCCUUAACCACUGGGUCCGGGCGCUUGUGGCAUCCCAGAAUCACCUGUACAGCGGGUCCUACCAAACGAUUAAGAUCUGGGACAUCCGGAACCUGGAAUGUGUACAUGUCCUGCAGACAUCUGGAGGUAGCGUCUACUCCAUUGCGGUCACCAACCAUCACAUUGUCUGUGGCACUUACGAAAAUCUCAUUCAUGUAUGGGAUAUUGAAUCGAAAGAGCAGGUUCGCACCCUCACAGGACACGUGGGCACUGUGUAUGCUCUGGCAGUCAUCUCUACGCCGGACCAAACCAAAGUCUUCAGCGCCUCGUAUGAUCGGUCAUUGCGGGUUUGGAGUAUGGACAACAUGAUCUGCACCCAGACACUCCUGCGCCACCAGGGCAGCGUCACAGCACUGGCCGUCUCGAGGGGCCGCUUGUUCUCCGGGGCUGUGGACAGCACAGUCAAGGUUUGGACCUGCUAGGACCCGCUUUGGACACCCCGUUGCCAAACACACGCCGGGCUGACUCCCUACACUCCAAAACGCCCUCCCGAUGUGCUGUGUUCCUUCUUGGCGGGCCUUCCACUCCCCAGCCAGCUGUGCAAGAGCUUUGGGCCACAUACCUCAGCACCCUCUCCCUUCCGGCAGCAGCAGCGGCUUCCCAGGGAGGAACACCCACCCACCCCCUCACCCACUGCGACACUCCAGCUGCGGUUCCUUGGUCUGGCUCUUCCUGGGAGAGGAGGUCGGUGGACGCAGGUCCAGCUGCAAGCGGUGGUCACAAAGGGUUUACUCCUCAUCAGUAGAUCGUCUCCAAGAGCAGAUUUUCUACGAAGCUGGUUUGGAUAGGUCUGCACGAACAGCCAGAGCCGCCUAUCUCUCUCUCUCUCUCUCUCUCUCUCUCUCUCUCUCUGUCCUGGUAUUUAAAUUAUUUGCUAUGCUCCUUCAUUCGUGGCCACAACCAGGGAUCAAACCUAUUGUCCUUGUCAUGUAAACCCGGUACGAUUUCUAUGUCCCCAGUCCAGCCUUCUUAUCAGGUGUCCUAAGCCUGCCCCCCCUCCCUCCCUCCCCACCCCCCACCCCCUCUCUUCAGAGCAUCCCAUCAUCACGGCCUCCCUGGGAAAGGCAGGAGAGCCGACGGUUGUGUUUUUACGGACAUUUUCUACUGUUUUUAAAAUUGUGAUAUAUAGAUUUGGAUUAUUUCUUCCUUACCAAUAAAAUUGGACCAUUGUUUUAGGCCAGCAUGACUCAUUGACAAACCUGAAGCAUUUCAGCCGAUGGACAGAACUACUCGGGGAGCAGGGCCCAAACUUGCCCCUCCUCCCCCUCAAAAAAAUCAAGGCUGACGUCCAUGGAUUUUGCCCCUCAAAAACUCCCUCCCUGUGUGAUGAGCACGUCCUGGGUUGCCGUCAGUCAGUAAAUAUAACAAUCCCACCGCCUGCAGAGAUACUAGCAUGUAGCACGAGGAGUUUAUUUCCGCCCCUGAGAGGCUGAAUGCAUUUGCCAGGGCUGACGUGUGAUCACCUGUGGCCAGCUAACCUGGCAGCCGGGACCUAUUUGUUCCGUUUCUUAGGUCUUAGCUAAGGAUCAUAUGUGGCAAUCUUAUCUUCCAGAAUGCUGCUUUCUAAGGUUGCUCUCUGAAGCACGAAACUCGAAUGGUCUUUGCCGCCAACUUCAGAAAUGCUGAGACAAUGUUUAGAGGUAGGAAUUGAAGGGACAAUGGCAGGGCAACCUCUGGCCACAAGCUGGGCACCGACCAGUUUCUUUGGAGGGGAGGAAAGGCCUCCCUUAGUUGCAUUUGGCCACCACUGCAUUGCCAAAAAAAUAACGGUGGGAGAUUUGUAGUGACACAAAUAAUUGGAAGCGGUUUGUUCUGUUUUGUUUUUCUCUGUGCAAAUAUUCUUACUCAGUACGAUGUAAAAAGUGGGAGAUGUAGAAGAAUCGGCUUCACAGAUCGUUGCACAUUCCAGCUUCUGGUUGUGUUACGUAAAAGAUGUGCAGCUUUCACAAUGGCUCCAGCUGGUACCCAGCAGCCGUUUCCCAUCACGCAGCCGAAGCUUUUUCUCCCUUCCGGCUGGAGCCAAAAGACGAGUUGAGCGGGCCAAGAUAAUCUGGACGUUUUAUUAAGCACCGAUGGUCAUAAUUGCAUCCACAUGGCUGCUUGCCUGGACUGUGAGCUGCAGCACGAAGCCGUCAUUCCCUCAGCACCAAAGCAGCCAGACACCCACCCCCCACGCCCGCCCACCCCCACUCCACAAAGUUAGUGCCUCCGAGGUGGGAUUUUUUUUUUCUGACCUCAACAAUAAAAGUAUUCUUUAACAGUGAAUGUCCUGUAUCUGUAUUAGAGACGAGCAGGGGCUUCUUCCCCGUUUUUGUCUUUUAAAUAUUGAUAGCCAGAGAAACUUCUUUUUUAAAAAGAAGCAGCGAAAUAAAUAAAUAAAUAAAUUACACCACCACAAAGCUAUUAAUAUAAGUAAUACUGGUGGAAUGUGUGCAGCAGGAAAAGAAGGUUAGAAGCAGAAAAUGCAUAGCUUUGACAGAAUGGGAAUACAAUACAGUAUUCGUAACUUAAUAAUAAAAAUAUAAUGUAUAUAUAUAUAUAUAUAUGUAUAUAGUAUGUAUAUAUCCAGCAUUAGAAUCUUGGAAUAGUUUCUUAUACAUUUUGUUUCUCUUUACAACAGCUAUUGUUAUGUUGCCUUUUUAUUUUUAUUUUUAAUUAAGAAAUUUCAAAGUUGUGCCAGACACAUUUUGGAUAUCAGCAAAGACUAUCCAUAUUCAAGAAAAGAAACAGGAACAGGAACAGCAUUCAUUCAGCAAUUCUAGCUUUCCAUAACCACAGCUCAAGGGAACCAGAUAGGACAGGGGUCUCCAACCAUGGCAACUUUAAGCCUGGAGGACUUCAACUCUUAGAAUUCCCCAGCCAGCUUUGCUGAGAUAGGGUGUUUCAGGCUUAACAGCCAUAUUUAAACUGGACUCGACCCCCCAUUGGUAUAUUAGUAUACAGCUGGGCAUAAGUUGGUGCUAUCCACACGCAUGCAUUUCAACACACACUCGCAUACUUACACAGGCGCAUAUAAAUGUACAUCCAACUUAAAAAAGACACAAAAGAACGCACACUUCUCAGGUAAGAUUAAACAAAACUUCUUAAAACAAGGCACAUCCUUUGAUUUUCAAUAAAACUGUAAAAAGAAAAUGGCAAAAAAAUAUCCAUAUAACAUAAUGUUUUGCACACUUUGGAAAAAAAAGAUAAACUACCUUUUUUAAACAUUGUGCUACUUUUUUUAAAAUGACCUCACAAGACAAACAGCUUAUUAUAAGUCUAAUAGUCAAGCUAAACUCCAGUUCUUUCAAUCUUAUAUUUUAAAACUGUUCAAUAUACAAUUGAUAAUAUUUUAAAAUCUUUUUUUAUAUAUAUAUAUUAAACUCCUUUCCUUCUUUUGUUAUUUAUCUCUGGGGGAAACUCCACUUAAAUAUUUUUUUUCCAAUAAAUACUUUUUUUAUAUAGCUUUUUUUCUUCUUCAUCAUCCCUUUCAUCACCUUCCAAAGGAAAAGCUGUGUGAUUCUCUGCACACAUCAGAACAUUCCUAACACGACUGUCUCGAGAGUUCUACCAGUGAAAUAAGAAAAGAAACAGCACCACAACUCAACACUACUUUUUUAAGGUGAAAAAAAAAAGCUCCAUGACGUCUCUCAAAAAAGGUAGCUCUAUCAGAAGAUGACAAAGAGUUCUCCUGAGAUCUUACUCCAAGCCCAUGGGUUGAAAAAUCCAUGAGUGGGAAGUGUAGCAAGCCGAAGGGAGAUGGCCUCUGUUUCUCUUGGCUGCUUUGUUCUGGAUUCCUUUGCCAGAUGGAGAGACAAGAAUAGACAAAACAGGAAGGAACCCAGCAUCACACAAGUGAAGAAACGGGGUGUGUGUGUGUGUGUGUGUGUCCCGUGUUGGAGGUUGGGCUGCCAGUCAAGAAGAUGGAACUGAUAUUCUAAGAAGAUGAAGCUGUGGUAGCCCCACACGUAAGUGUUGUUCCUAUCGCUGGUGUUUUUCCACUUGGCUGAAAACAGCCCUAAGAGGGUGAGGACCCCACCCCACACUAUGUUGUCCGAGAAGAGUCUGCAGGACAAAGCUCCAAGAUUUCACUGAAAAUGGUAGCUCUUGUUUUGUUUUGUUUUUCCUUUAUUGCCAGGUGAUUUGAUAAAGCAAAAACCAUACACGGUGAUGUGAAAUGUACAGGAAACCGAGAAGCCAGCAGCAAGGGAGAGCUGAGAGCUACACCAGAUAAGAGGAAGGAGAGAUGAAAGGUGAAGGCUCCAUCCCAUGAUCAAAACAGAUGCCCUACAAAUCAGACGGCAGCAGAGGGUGAAGAGAGAUGGUCAUGGCAUUUUCCCAGCCCGCUCCAUCUCCCAAAGUUGAUUCCCAGCUGGAGAUGGUCACCCUGUAAAUUCUCCAUUCCCAGAAGAUAGAAGUUUAGGGAAAAGAGCCUUAAGCUAGCUAGCACCUCGGUACUUUCAUCCGUGGGAAAGGAAGAUGAUUCAAGUGACUCUGGUUUCAGAUUAAUGCAUGACUUAUGAAGUAUGGCCACAGUUAUUCUGAAGUACAAAAACAGCAUGAGGGAGAGAAAUAUAACCAGCUGAAAACAUUUAAAAGCCAGUUUAGGCUAGAGAUUAGGAAAUGCAUUCUAAGAGUCAAAAAUAAGUAGGCACUGGCAAAAUUCCUUCUGAGUACUUAGGGGAAUUUCCUUUGAUGGAGCUUCGUAGGCAAAGGAAUCAUUUGGAAAUAGCAGUCAAAGGUUGAAGAAUGCUCCCACUGACCUUGGACAAAGAAAAACGUAUCUUGGACGCUUGCCCCAAAGCCUUAAAAAACAGAGAAUGCUCCUGUGGGCACAAGGUUUAGAGAACCCAGUAAAUUGUUCAAGUAAAAUGAUCUACCUUUCCUUGUAAAAUGCUAUGUCUUGCCAUCGCAACGCAACAAAAAAAAAAUUACUUCAGGACGUUUUAUAAAUUCCACAAGAAGGAAGACCAAGGGAAGCGGAUGUGGAGCAGUUCACUGAGAACAGGGCUGGAGGGCGAUCCAAGCUUUCCCGCGCGACUUGAAGAAGCCAGGAGAUCCCGAGAAGCUCGUCUGUCAGAAGUAGGAGCCAGACAAAGUCCUUCCCUAACUGCAACAUUCAAGCAUUCCUCUUGCAGCCGAGGGUCUUCCCUAUUUCCCUAUCGAGACCCUUCCAAUUCGCAAGUGGAGUAAACCAAAGGAAACCUGAGGGCAAGAGGCAGUUCUGAAUUGACAACACAUUGUUCCUCCCAUCACUACGGUGUUUCCUCAUUCCAAGAAUCCUCAAGUUGGGGGAUGAAAAUAGAAAAUGAAUUGGCCACAAUAUCAAGUGGUGGUGCUUACACUGCCUGGGGAGUAACGAAAGCAGCGAUUCUGCCCCAACGUACCCGGAAGAUGGAGAAAGGCUCCUAAGAAUAAACUUUGGCGCAUUGUGCAGUUGCAGACUAGCAACCCUUGGGUGUGCAAACGUUGUGAUCCUCUUGGAAGAUGCCCCUUUCUGGAGAGAAAGAAACAGUGCUGCACUCAGCAGCAUUCCUCCUCCCAAGGAAGCCCUUUCCUAACUGAUUGCUGGAAGAUCCUUUGCAGGUACCCAAUCAAUCAGGGCAGCAAGAGCUGCGGCUCGGGGGUCAGCCAUGAGUCAGGAGCACAAGACACGUUCUGGCCAAUGGUUGCAAUCCACUCAGUCUUUGCUGAGCCUCCUUUGAUUGCCACUUCCGAAACUGCGUGUGUAAUACCAAGAGAGGACGCACUCUCUCCCAUUAAACCUCCACUGGAAUACACAACCGCCCUCGCCCUCGGUUUCCAGAACAUGGAGAUGGUUUAUGGUUCCUUGUCUUGUCAAUGACGUCUUCUCCCAGCCGUGCUCCCAACGGUCGUGGCAGGUUAAGAAGGCUAAACGGUUCAAUCAGUGGCGAAUUCUUUGGGACAGAAGUGCCUUAGAGCAAUAGAAAGUGCAGGACAAGUCCCUGUGCUCAGAACUGCCUCGAGAGAGGGGUUAAAAAAAAAUAAAGAGAGAGAGAGAAAUUUGCCAUCCAUCUUUGGCAGCCGCAGAAGCCACCUGUGGGGCUUAUGUACAAGGA